AAGAAAAGGCUCUAGCUUGCUUAUUAGACCUUGGGAGGACCUGCGUUGCAUUGCGAGCUUCUUGUGAUCGCCGGCAGAGGAAUGGGGAUCAGACGACGGCCGCAGCAAUGGCACGCCGUCGCCGCGCUCAGCGUCGCGUGGUGCGCGGCGGCCGUCGUCGCCGUGGCAGCGGCCGACGGCCGGAACACCUCGCUGGCAGGGGCGGUGGUGGCGCCGCCGCCGGAGGAGAUGGGUGAUGGCAAGGCGUACCACCACGUUUGGCCGCCAAUGGAACUUGGGUGGCGAAUUGUGCUGGGGUCACUGAUCGGCUUCUUCGGUGCGGCGUGCGGGAGCGUCGGCGGCGUUGGCGGUGGCGGCAUCUUCGUGCCCAUGCUGGCACUCAUCAUCGGCUUCGAUCCCAAGUCAUCCACUGCGAUAUCCAAGUGCAUGAUCAUGGGAGGAUCCGUUUCGACUGUCUACUACAACCUCAAGCUCAAGCACCCGACGUUGGACAUGCCGCUGAUCGACUACGAUCUCGCCCUGCUCAUGCAGCCUAUGCUCAUGCUUGGUGUCAGCAUUGGCGUCAUUUUCAAUGUUAUAUUCCCCAACUGGCUCAUCACGGCUCUCCUGAUAAUCCUUUUCCUAGGCACGUCAAGUAAGGCCUAUCUGAAGGGAAUUGAGACAUGGAAGAAAGAGACCAUAAAGGAAAGGGAGGCUGUAAAACGGCAGGAGCAGAUAUGUCAGGAACCGGAGCACAUGACAACAAUCAUCCCUGCAGAGAAUGCAACAGCAAUCCCUACAGGACCAGGUGCUGCACCUGCAACUGAGGCAAAAAUCCCAUCAGAUAAAGCAACAUCAGUUCUUAAGAACGUUUACUGGAAGGAGUUUGGUCUUCUUGCAUUCGUGUGGGUGGCGUUCCUUGGGCUUCAGAUCACAAAGAACUAUGUUGCUUCUUGCUCCGCGUGGUAUUGGGUCUUGAAUUCUCUGCAGAUCCCGGUGGCAAUAGGAGUGACAAUGUACGAAGCGCACGGGCUGAUGACUGGGAAAAGGGUGCUAGCAUCAAAGGGAAGCCAACAACAACAGAGCACGCUGAGAGUUCGCCAGUUAUCCGUAUACUGCCUAUUCGGCAUCCUCGCAGGGCUCAUCGGCGGCCUGCUAGGCAUGGGAGGUGGCUUCAUCAUGGGGCCACUCUUCCUGGAGCUCGGCAUUCCUCCACAGGAUUAUUUCUGCGAGCAUUUGACAAGUUAUAUGCUCUAA